AUAGAGCAGGAUUCGUGAACUCCCUGCCGGCGCCUGUGCUCUCGCUACAGCAGCUCUCAGAACCACAUUGCGGUCGUGUAAUAAGUGCGUCGAACGUAAGGGCGAUAAAAGCGAGCGAAGGCGGUGUCGGCGGAGGACGUGUACCGGCGGCGCUUUUGAGCUCGGAAGAUGGAUGAUCCCGUCUGACGCGGCUGACUCCGCUGCUGACGGCCAUCAUGCUCGAGGUGUUGUUCAUAGGCCUGGUGGGCCUGACGUACACGUGCGUACAGACUCUGUUCUUCCUCAACUGCCUCAACUCGCGGAGGCGGGAGCAAAGGAGGCUCGAAAAGAUUUACCGGAGCAGUUUGAGAAAACUCAGUGUGACUGGAAGAGGAGGAGCAGAAAAUGGGAUAAACGGUAACAGUGGGAAUGCAGUAAAUUGCAAGAGUGCGAAAGAGAACGGGGGUCACACGGCCGAGAACGGGGAGGUGAGCGUCGGCGGCGAGGAAGACGCGUCGGAAGGGCGGCUGGUGACGAGGCUUGUGGUCAGGAAUGGGAAGGAGGCCGCGGCGGCUUCCCAGGGCGCCCGCGAAGUCUCCCACUGCGUCCGAGUGCAGAAUGCCAUCGUGCAACUCAACGAGCGGAGCGUGGAAGGCGAGGAUGAGCUGGCAGGUGCACGGAGUGGCACUCAGUCUCACAGCUCGAGGGAAGCCAGCCCCAGCCUGAAGGAGAAGGGCUGUCAUCCGACGGCCGCGGACUCGAGCGGGUCCCAGUCUCCCUGCAGCUACAACAUCACCGUCAACAGCAACAUGAUUGAAAUUCGGGGCGACGGCGGACCCCCGGACCUCCAGCGGGAAGCGAAUUUCGAGGCCGCCGACGAGCCGACCUCCAUGACGACGCAGGUGACUGUGUGCGAAGACCUCGACUGCAGCCACGACCCUCUCGCCACGGGCCAGGGAGCCUCUCGCGGAUCCCCGACUAUCAGCCCUCGGGCGGACGGCAGCCCGGGGCCUCACAGAUUGCACGACUUCCAGGAAGUGCAGGAAAAGCGGCUGGAUAUCGAGGACGGCUGCAGCACCGAGGACGAGCUGGAAGACGCCUGCCGCGAGCCCUGCCGAGGCGACGGCGCCCGGCCUCCCGCCAACCUCAUCAGCACCAUCUCGCAGAUCCUCAACAGCCCUCCAGACUCCAUGGAGCCUGGGACGGAGUCUCUGCCGCUGGACUCCAGCGACGGCGUUUCCGGCCACAGCGCCCUCCCGGUCGGUCACGCCGACGAGUCGGGCGAAGUGAGCGAGAUGGAUAAGAAAGGCAAACAGAGAGGAGAAAGCAAAGGCCAACCCAGUUCCGCAUCUCACCGUGUCUCGUCUCGGCCUAAUCCUCCGAGACUCCGCGCGGGUGACAGGGAAGGGGGCGGGACCUGGACGCUGCCCCGGGCAGAGCGUCGACAGCUCGACAGUCACGGCUCGCUGCCUAGGACUCGAGCCAGAGCCUCCGUUACGGCGGGAAAGGAGGGUAAAGGUUCCCUGGAAGGCCACACGCCCCAGCAGAUCGCCGACGGCCGCCCUACCAGGCGUGACGCACCGCCGGGGAGAGCAAAGGCAGGACUCGGUCAGAGCCGCAGCGCCUGCCAUUCCAGCCCAGCCAUGGCCGGCGCCGCCACCGUCCACGCGCACGCGGCCCGACUCAGCACAGUGCUGCGUGCAGGCACAGACGAGGAUGCAGCCGUGGCUGAGGGCUGCACUCGCACACAUGCAGAUGCGGCAGUGAGUGACUGUAAAGACGACAGCAAGUGUACCACAGAAAAGGAUAUGGGAGCGUUCCCAUCACACGGUAGUGAACCGGUGCUGACCCCCGUUCGCAGUAACGAUCCUGCAGACAGUGAAGGACCAUCAGCGGACUCGCAGUCUUUCUCCGCCAGUGAUAAAACCGUAAACGAAAUCUGUGACCAAGGACGCGAAAGCGCCGGCGCAGGAGAGGACGACCCCACGUACGAAAGCAUCGAGCCGCAGAACACGAGGCAAAAUGACAAAAUCUCGGCGCAAACGAGAGACAGUGGCGAAACAGACGGAGCUGGACAAUCCCCGAGUGCGCCUUCGGGAGAAGACGUCAGCCAGGGGCCGAGUCAGGAAGACGGCAGGACGAAGCAGACGCAGAAGGUCCUCCAUUACACCCAAGACGACGAGGAGAGCGUCGGGUCAGGCUCGCAGUAUGAAACGAUCAGUGAGGCUGACACGCACAGGGACUCCGGAUACGAGUCGCCAGUGAAGGCCGAUGUGCACAGCGGCGACGACUCCGCCUCCGUCAGCAGCGGCGACCACGACCACCACUACGAGGACAUCGAUCCGGCCCUCGUGGCGAGUCGGGCGGCGGCGCGGGAGUCGUCGGGGCGCGCGCGAGACCCCGCCUCCGCCUCGUCUCCUUCCCGCCGCUCCUCCUCCUCCUCCCGCACGAGCCCGAGGGAGGGGUCUUCCAAGGAGGAACGCGAGGAAGAAGGCAGCGGAGAGGCCGCGCGACGCAAGCAGAGGCUCCAGGGUCUCGACGACCUCAUCGCUGGAGUCCCCCCACCAGACUACGACGUGCGAGGGGCGCCACUGCACGACGCAUCAGCACGAUCUGACGUCCGUUCCAGUGGACAUGCGGCCAGCAUACCCCGCCACCUGAAUUCGACGACGGCGGCAGCGGCACCGCAGCGACCGCAGCCCGAGCAUCAUCAGGUCGCCGGCAGCUGCAGUCUACGCUGUCCAUGCCGCCGGCCGCGCCCCAGCCGCCGGCGCCCUCGAGGGACCGCGCGCCCGUCACGCGCACCCACUCCGAGCCCCCGCCACCCCGCCCCGCCCAUGCCCUCCACCCCCUCGCCCAAGGCCUCGCCUUCGUCCUCGCAUAAGACGACGGGAUCCUUCGGCAGGAGGGACAGCCCCUCGCACUCCAGCGCCUCCUCCCCCGCCCAGUCGCCCCCGUCCUCCAAGCCGUCGUCGCCCAGGGCCGCCCACGACUCUCUGCGCGCCUCCGCCCACGGUGGAGAAGGGCCCAGUGAUGAGGGCGUGGUGAGGCCCUCCGAGUUCAUCAGGAGGAACUCCCAGAGGAGCGAGAACGGGUCCUUCAGAGGCCACAGGAAGCUCGAUAGGCCUACGUCCCUGCCCUUGGACGUCGCCGAGCACUACGGCAGGAUCCUGUCCGCUGGGAGGGACCGGGAGGCUCCUUCGGGCACGCAGGAGGACCCGGGAGUGUCGACGCAGCCCAACAAGUCCCCGGUCAUGAACGGGAAGUCGCUGCCCUUCAUUCCCCCGCGGUUCCCCUCGCAGCCCUCGGGCUCAGGCCUCAUCAAGCCCUCGGAGUACCUGCGCUCCCUCGGGGACCCGGCCGGCAGCGGGAGCUCCAACGGCAACGGCAUCUACGGCACCAACGGCCACAGCAACAGCAUGCCGCACAGCAGCAGCAACAGCAUCAGUCACAGCAGCAGCGCCAGCCUCAGCAGUGGCAGCGUCCGAUCUCAGCACUCCUUCGUCGAAACCAGUGCCGAGCCACAGCUGGCGGAAGCCACAGUGUCGUCGUCCUCGUCGUCGCCGGCGUCGUCACCGUCAUCGUCGUCGACGUCGUCGUCUCAUGAUUCCAUAGAUAGCCACAGCGGCGCCACGGUAACGCCCCCCGUGUCCAUGCCCCCCGGCCCCCUCCCGGCCAUCCCAGAGGCCACAGAAGAGGAAGCUCCCAAGCCCGUCUCCGUGGCCCCCCGCCUCCCCCGCCCCCCCGGGCCGCCGCCCACAAUGCCUCUCAGGAGCAACUCCAACGCCGGCAACAACAGCAACAGCAACAACAACAACAGCAACAGCAACGGCAGCAACAGCAAGACCAUGCUCCCGACCAUCAGCGUGACGGACCUCCAGAGCGUGCAGCUGCGGAAGACGGAGACGAAGGUGUCGAGGGCGAACAACGUGCCCCUGAAGAUGCCCAUGUCUCCCGAGCCGGCCUUCACCUCUGCUAAGGAUGACGUCAUCGCCGAGCUGAAGAUGGGCGUCGACAUCUCGGGAAUCAAGAAGAUGAAGUCGGAGCGAGCCAAGGAGGAGGAGAGGAACGGAGUCAUGGAGAAGGAGGAGCUCAAGCGGCAGUUCUCUGCUGUUAAUUUCGUUGAUCAGGUCCCGGACGUGGACAACGCCGGCAACCGCAUUCCCGAGUGGAAGAGGCAGAUGCUGGCCCGAAAGGCGGCCGAGCGGGCCAAGAAGGAGGCGGAGGAGCAACGCAUGCAGGAGGCCGAGGAGAAGCGGCUACAGGCCAUCCCGCUGUGGAAGAGGCAGCUGCUCAUGAGGCGUGAGGAUGAGAGCAAGCGCGAUCGACCAAUCACAGCACGCACCCAGUCACCCGUCCGCAUCGCUCUACACGUCAGACACUAAGAAUAUAGAGUGAGUGACGGCUGUUUGGUGGAGAACAGACGCUAUUUUUUAUUUCAUUGGCGUGGAGAUUUUUUUUUUGUGAGGGAUACAUGUGGCUAGCGAGUGAUUUGUUU